AUGAGGCAACUGCUUCGACUCCUCUCACUCCUCGUUCAGUUUCUUCUCUUUUCUGCCUCUGCUUCCCUCCUCGGCUCUUCCUCUUCCUCCUCUCCUUCUCUUGCGUCUCCCUCUUCUCUCUCUCCGGCGUCGCUCUCUUCUGUUUGCGCUGCUUCUGUCUCUGCUCUCGUCCUCUGUCUCCCUUCUUUGGCGUCUCCUGUGCAGUCUCUGUUCGCUUCAUCGGGUGUCUCCUCUCUGAGCCCAGGCCUCGUUGUCUCCUGGGUCUGCGAAGUCCGCGGAACGCUGCCUGCAUCCGUUCGAGGAGACAACUCGACUCUGGCGCCUCGCGCGAGUCCACGAGAAGCCAAGAUGUCUCUGGGAUUCGGGAGGCGCCUUCUGAGGCGCGUGAGAGAACGGCGAGGAGCGUCGCUUCCACGAACUGAAUCGAAGCCUGUGACAGUCGCUUUCUGGCGCUCCGAACCGGUCUCACCCUCUUCAACUGCAUGUCUGCUCUCUCGCUUCUCUCCGCUGCUGUCUCAGGGAGACGCUCUGCCUCCUCUCCAGAGCGGAGAGGCCAGGAAACAAGUACUGGGUUGCUACCAGACGAGAAAGCUUCUGCGCAACGUUUUCUUGUCAACGCAAGAAAAUCCCUCAGCCUCUUCUCCCCUCUCUUCUGACUCAACGCCUCGCCGCUAUUCUCCGCACCACAGCCUCUGUCACUCCUCCUCGCGUUCUUCUAUUUCUCCUUCUCCUCGUUGUUCAUCGUCUCCUCGUUUGUCAUGUUCUGUCUGUUCCCCAGAAGCCGCUCCGUCGUGGAGUUCGCAGUCUGUGUGCGUCUUUUCGAAAGAAAGCGAGGCGCGUCGCUGUCGUUCUUGUGCGUCGCCUGAGAGCAGGCGAAAACUUGUCUCUUCUCUCUCUGUCUCUCGACAUGGUCGGCUUCCGGGGAUAGCUCGGACUUCAGUGAGAGCGAAACGACGUAGCGGUGAACGCUCGCUGCAAGCCACAGACGAGUGGGCAAACUCCAGACAGCCUUCCUUGCGUCUGUCCUCUUCCUUCUCGCCUUCUUUUCCUCUGCCUUCUUCGCUUCCUUCUCUCGGUCGUCCUUCUUCGAUUUCUCUCUCUCUUUCGAGUCCUUGUGCCCUGUUUUCCUCUGGGUCGUCUUUGUCUUUCCUGUCUGCUCUUUCCCUCUCUCCGCGAGCUUGGGGUCCCCUGGUCGCGUCGCGUUCUGCUGGCUCUCCGACUGCUGCGGCCUCGGCCGCGUCUCUCGCCUCUGCUGUUUCUUUGCCCUGUCGGGACCCCAAGCCGCAGGCGCGAGCGAAAGAGCGACAAACACAAACAGGCGCUCGUCUCGCCGCGCAGGCGUCUUGCGAGGAGAACGGGAGGCUUGUCUCUUCUCCAUAUGCCUUCCCCUUCGAUUCAUUCCUGUCUCCUGAAUGUUGCUCUGCUCUUCUCGUCUCCCCCCUACGACCCUCGUCCUCCUCUACUUCUCUAGUCUCCUCUUCAUCUUUCUCUCCACCCUCCUCCUCCUCUACUUCCUCCUCUUCGUCUUCUUCCUCUUCUUUCGUGAGGCUGGAAGGUCCCGCAGAGACGAAGAAAAACGUUUCUUCGCGGACGGAGAGAGCAAAGAGCGUAGAGGAGGAGGCGAACUCGAAGGGAGAGCGGAAACGUCGGUUGAGAGCGACAUCCCAUGCGAACCGCGUCGAGGAGAAGCAGCAGGCGUUUUUGGUGGCGAAAGAGGACGCACAUGCAGCGUUUGGGGAGACGAGUGAGGAACGGGAGACCGUUUCUGCGCUUGAAGAUGAACUCGAUAGAGGGUCCGUGGUUUCUCCUCGCGUCGCCUUCUCGUCCUCAGGAAGAAUGGCAGACGGAGACAGAACGCGAGGCGCAGGCGUCGUUCUUCGUUCCGGAGUCACGACUCCGGAGACGCGGAAAGAGAAGGAAGCUGUCCAGAGCUCCGGAGUCGGGGAGGAGAAAGAGAAGAGCCGACAGGCAAAGACAAAGAAGAUCAGGCCGGGCACCGCGAGACAGCGAGAAGAAGGAGAAAAGAAGAAAACUCUCGCAGUAAUCGACGGGACCUGCGUUGUCUUUCGCUCACACUUUGGGAUGCCUGAAGUCCUCGAUGGAGGCGGCUUCCCUGUUCAAGCGAUCAUCGGUUUCUUUCGCUCUCUCGCCGCGAUUCGGCGCGCGCUCCUGCAUCCCUCGCACUUGGUCGUGGUGUUUGACGGCCCAGAGAGUCGCGAGUCUCGCAAGGCAAUUUUCGACGGCUACAAAGGUCACCGAUCGGAGACUCCCGCCAGCUUGAUAAAUCAAUUCGCCGUCAUUCUCCGGCUCUGCGAACGCAUGCAAAUUGGAACGUUGUCUGAGGCGGGAGUGGAGGCGGACGACGUCAUCGCCACUCUCGUGAAUCGCGCAUGUCGCGUCUCUCGGGAGGCUGCGGAGAAGAAGGCGCUCGCAGCCCAGCGAGGAGUGGGGACGGAGAAAGAGAAGGUCGAGUGCAAGCGGAGUGAAAAGUCUUCAGGAAAAAGAAACAAGGCGCGAGACGGACAGAGAGGAGACCAAGCAGAGGAAGGGGAAUCAAGGCUUAGUGCCCUGUGCAUGCAGUCGAAGUCAAAGGACCUUUCCUCGGAACGCACGUCACGAGGCGUCAGACAGAAAGACGACCGGAGCUUCUGGGGGUCUCCGACUGACGCAGAUAUUGUUUUUGACGAAAUCGUAGUUGCCACAGCAGACAAAGACCUUCUUCAGGUACUUCAGCACAACUACAUGGAACCCACAGCUGUCUCCUCGCCUGUUCUCUCCACCUCGGGGGAGAACGCGAACUGCAUGCGGCGAGAAGAAGACGAGAAAGGAGGAAGGGUGCAUGCAGGGGAAGAGCGAGUCGAGAGACAGGAGACAGCGGCCGAGACGAGUUGUCCGAAGCACCCAAAAAUCCGCAUCAUGCAACUCCACAGAAAAAUGCAGCUCAUCGAUGACGCAUGGGUCAAGAUGGAAUACGGAGUCGCAGCGCAUCAAAUUCGAGACUACCUCGCUCUGACCGGAGACAGCGUCGACGGCAUCGAAGGAUGCCCGAGCAUUGGUCCCGUCACCGCCCAGAAGAUCGUAUCGGCUGCAGGAGGAAAUGUGAACGAGCUUUUGCAGGACGGCGCUGCGCUUCGACGUUUGCUGAAACCCAGUCAAGUGAAGCAUCUGAGUACCUUUUUGCCGCUCUUUGAACGGAACCAGCAUUUGAUUUCUCUGAACUACGAAGUCGAGUCUCUCUCCGACAUUUGCCUCUCCCGUUUCGAGGUGAAGAAGAAGACUGCCUCGGCGCCUCUCUGCUCGCGCCGCGCAGCGCCUUCUCUGCGUGCAGCGAAGUUUCCGCUCACGCAUGCGUUUCGUCAACACACAAAAACAAUCCACGAGCAGAGCGAGAGCGGGAAGAGCCAGCGGCCUGCAGGGAGUUUCUCGUCCACAGGCUUGCCUUUCUUCAGAAGGAAACCUCGCGACCCCGCACCGACUUGA